AUGAUGAUCAACCCUGGACAGGUUCCAUCGUUCCGACCAGAUCCUACUCCCGAAAGUGAGCCGCAUUGUCGAACCAGCUCUGUUCUCACCUCCACUACCGACCACUUGCCUGGACACCACGUGGUCAAAGUCAUCGGCACAGUCCACGGACUCACCACAUGCGCUCGCAAAGACACCAAGACAUUCCUCAAGUCUGUGGGAACCGGAAACGAAGCCAAGAGCCUGACGCACAUGCUGUACACGGCGCGCGACCAAGCAAUCGAGCGCAUGGUCAAAGACUGCAUAAGUCGCGGAGGAAACGCAAUUGUCGGCAUGGGCUUCGGCGAGAGCGAGAUCUUGGGCUUUGCUCAAAUCAGCGUGUACGGCACCGCGGUAUACGUGGAGAGGGAAGGGAAAUUCGACGACCAUCGAUACACGAUGAAAUGA